CUGACGUUACCUCUCGCGAUGCUUUGUGUAGGAGGGGAGUGUCAGAUUCCAAGGGAGAAGAGAGGAUAGAGGGAGAGAGAGGGGCGCUGAGUUACAUUGCAAGCUCUUCGCGAAAAUGGGCGACGACAGACCUUUUGUGUGCAACGCGCCUGGCUGCGGGCAGAGGUUCACCAAUGAGGACCACUUGGCCGUACAUAAACACAAGCAUGAGAUGACAUUGAAGUUUGGCCCGGCCAGGACAGACUCCGUCAUUAUAGCAGAUCAGACUCCAACUCCCACACGUUUCCUGAAGAACUGUGAUGAGGUGGGCCUGUUCAACGACAUCGCCAGCUCCUUUGAGCAGGAGUUCCGCAAGGCACAGGAGGACGACGACAAGCGCGCCAAGAACCCUCUGCAGCUGACCACCCCCAGUGCAGGAGGAGUGCUGGACAUGAGUCUGCAGACGCCUUCCGACGUCAAGGUAAAGGAGGAGGAGCCAGUAGAGGUUGACUCCUCCCCUCCAGGAAGUCCAGAGUCCAUCUCCAGCAGAUCCGACAGUGGCCGGGAGUCGGUGGGGAGGCCUAAGCACACCCCUCCCAAGCCCCCGGUGAGUGCGGCACCCACCCCCACCAUCGUGCGCCCGGGCUCCCUGCCGCUCCACAUGGGCUACGACGCCCUGCAUCCCACGAUGCCCUCACCCACCUCCGUCAUCACACAGGCUCCCCCCUCCAACAGAUCGCUCGGUUCCCCGACUGGUUCAUAUCACAUGAUGAUGCUUCCCAACGGCCAGACUCUACCCAUGCUGCCCGGCCCUAUUCAGAUGCCCUCAGUAAUAUCUCUGGCGAGGCCCAUGAUGGUGCCCAACAUUCCCGGCAUCCCCGGACCACCACUAGGGGGCAGCAGCAGCGGAUCCUCAUCGCCCUCAGGAUAUAUAUCACACUCAGAGGCCAAGAUUAGGCUGAAGGCGGCGCUGUCCGGUUCCGGGUCUGGGCCGGGCUCGGGCCAGGGUUCCACCGGGUCCAGUCCCAUGGUGCCCCAGAGGCCAGAACAGCAGAGCCAGCUGCUGCUACAGCAACCAGACGCCCCUUCACCUGCACAGCCACAGGUAUCUCCUGCGCAGCCCACUGGGGGUCGGCGUCGGCGUACUGCUGAUGACGACCCUGACGAGCGGCGGCAGCGUUUCCUGGAGAGGAACAGGGCGGCAGCCUCACGCUGCAGACAGAAGAGGAAGGUCUGGGUCAACUCCCUCGAGAAGAAGGCAGAGGAGCUCACAUCCAUGAACGUCUCACUGUCGAACGAGGUGACCCUGCUGCGUAACGAAGUGGCCCACCUGAAACAGCUGCUGCUGGCCCACAAGGACUGCCCUGUCACUACCCUGCAGAAGAAGAAUGCUUACUUGGCUGCUGAUGAGCAGAUGAAGGAUGUGUCUGAGCCGGUGGGCUCCCCUGCGGCGGUGAUCCAGCACAGCUCUCUGGCCCCGAGCCCUUCCUCCGGGAUGGGUGGUCAUAACGGCCUGAGUGCACGUGCGGCGGCCGAGGCAGUGGCGAUGUCUGUGCUGGCGGGGAUGGGCAGCCACCGGGGCGGCGAGCAUGGAGGCCCGGGCGCCGGGGGCAACAGCGGAGGAGGGGGAGGGGGUGGAGGCCCCUCUCAUGUCAUUAUGGCCACACAGUCCCAGCCGGCUGCCAGAUGAUGAGCUGUGUGUGUGGUGUGGUGCAGUACACACCACGAAUAAACACACACACACACAUGCAGAUGCAGAUGCACCCCACAUGCUGGGUUUAUGGGACUUAACCAGCCCUUAACUCGCCCAUCUCUUCACUCCCCCCACUCCUCCUCCUCCUCCUCUAAUGAUCGCCAUCUUCAUCAUCACCCCUCCUCCUCCUCCUCCUCCUCCUCCACGCAUAUCCACUUGGACGUGAUGAAAGUAAAUAAACUAGAGCGAUGAGAGAGAGAGACACUGAGGGAUGGAGGAUGGAGAAAGGAGUUCUUUAAAUGUGCUAUCUCUUCCUGUACCGUAUUCUAUUCUUUACUCUUUUCUCUGUUCUCUCUAACCGUUCUUUCUAUCGCUCCUUUCCCCCUCCACCUCCUCCUCGCUUUGAGCCAUGGCACCAUGCAUCAGCCUUCAGAGAAAGGACUGGUACUUAGUGAAUAAAAGAUGGAAUGAGACACAAAAAGAGAGAGAGAGAGUGAGGGAGUGAGGGGGGCUGCUCCCUGUUCACUAUGCCAUGGACUACAGGGGCUGGACUCCAGAAGCUCCCCCUCUUCCUCUCCUCCCCUUAUAAAGAUAUUUCUUCCCCGUCACGCCUCCUGAUCCUCUCCACCCGGCUCCGCUCCGCUUGGCUCCAGACUUCUCUAGAUCCCAAGCGGCCUUCUCUACCUGUCCUGAUCCAGCCUUUGUGUCCACAUGUGUCCACCCACCCAUAGUACCACCCAUCUUACCACACCCACACCCACCCCCAUUCAGCACCUAUAGAGCCUACUUAUUCCACCCCCGUCCCUUUCAGCCCACCAGAUCCCAGUGACCUCCCCCCACACCUGUUGACCUGGCUACCCACUCGCCUUACUCCAUCCCCAUCCCACUCUCCACCCUAACCUCCGCCUGCCCCUCCCCCCCUCCCCACUUGCCACCCGCGUCUUCACUGGACUGCAGGACUGCCGUGUCACCUGGUGGCGAGUGUUGUGUUGUCACGGUGACGGUUGCUGCACCGCUUUUGGUUGUACUUCUACUUUGCUACUCGUGACUGUUCCCCCUCUUAUCCCUGCCUCUUUUUUUGAAAUCCCUCACACAGCCAUAUGCACAUACGUCAGAGCCGCCACCGCUACCACUGCUGUGUUGUCUCUACUCGGUAAAGAGACAUGCGGUCGCCUGAUAUCACAGGAUACAGUUCCUAUGUUUCUCUUUUAUUUGUUUGUCUGUUUGUUUGUUUUGGCUUUUCGCUUCACUGACAUGAAAACACAGCCUGGAACGCAUUAGCUCAUCAACACGCCACAUACACUCUUUCAUUCAUCCAUUCAUUUAUUGCAUGCAUACAUUGGCUCAUUCAUUCAUUCAUUCAUCCAUUCGUGAGUUCCCAUCAUGCAUCUCUUCACAGUGAUGUUCCGUCAUCUGUUUGUUUCAUGACAGACGCAGAUCUGUGUCUCAAGAUUGGUACCAAAACAAUGCAAUAUUUAUAAUGUAUUUUUUAUGGAGCGUUCAAACAAAAAAAAAAAGAGAGAAACUUUUAUGUAUUUUAAAUCCAGGUUAAAAAAAAGUUGAUCCCCUUUAAAUAGUUCUGUUUUUGGUUUUCCUUCUAAACGGGCUUCAUGCUAAAGACAGCCGAGCACCUUCCCCCUCUACAGCCUUAGUGGAAUGUUUCACACGCGUUGCACUUGCAUGAGUGAGAACGUGACUUGUGUCGGUUGUGUGUUUUUGUUGUUGUCUGCGUGUUCUCGCGCUGCUAAACAUGGAAACAAAAGGCAGCAGCAAUGUGACGAGAUUAACGAGGUCACUUGCACUACUGUCCUGUUUUGUUUUAUUUUAUUUUAUUUCCGUUUUUUUCUGUCUUCAAGCAGAUGCUCUCAUAGUCAAACGGCUCCUAGUACAAUCGUGUCCCGGAGUCAGCCCCAUUAUAGCGUUCAGGCAUAUCUGUGAAAAGCCUUGAUUGUCUGUCUCUAGUCUAUCAGCGGUGGUCAACGGAAAGGCACUAUGCAGAGCCAUGAGAAAAAAAAAGAAGAAACAAAGACGGAAAAAGGACUUUUAGUGUUUCGGCAAUGUUAUGCACCAUUUGUCAUUGAUGAAUGAAUGCCACCUUCUCUGUGCCUGCCCCCCUGCCCUGCCCUGUCUAUCUUCUGUCCAUCGGCUCUUCAUUGUUCCUUGCCAUUGAGUUGAUUAGGAAUGGUCGGACUUUUGGAAUGCUUCUUGUCUUUUUUUGCCACCCUAGACCUGUGUGAUUGACAGCUUGUUUGUGGCCUGAUGUGUGGAGCUUGUCAUUUGGUAGCAGUCUUCCUGGUUUUCCCAUAGAACGAGUUUAGCCCAUCAGCAUUCAGCUACGUGGGACUAGGGCCACUCCCUCCCUACACCUAAACCACGCCCAGCUUACUUAGCACGCCCCCAUUCGCCGUAUCCCCGCCCCUCAAAGCGUUUAUCUCUGUCUCCACCUCCCUGAGCCCUGUGUUGUACCGACCAGCCUAUUUAUUUUUGUGCCGAUUUUUGAUGUCUGAUUUUGAAAAUGGUUCCUGUGGCAGUGUGCCUGUUGGUGCUCUCUUCCACUCUGUGUCUGUUCUUUCUUCUCCUCCUCUUCUGCUCCAGCCUCUAUCUUUUCUUUCUUCCUCUUCUCCUCCUCUUCUUUUUCUUUUGUCUGUUGUUGUGCCCGACCGCCCUGUGUGCUUGUCGCUGCUCGUUGUCUCUCUUGUGUCGUGUCCCUCUUGUUUUUUGUGCUGUUUUUGUUUUCGAAAACUAAGCCAUGGCCGUGUUGAGUGCCUGUGCUAUUAUACAGCCCCUCUCCUCCUCUCUCCUCCUCUUGCUGUGUCUCUGGGGUUGGCCUAUACCGAGCGAGCGCAACAACCUUGACUGUUAAUGAGCCUUCCCUCUCCUUCACUCCCCCUCUGAACUAUAGUUAACACCAUCUGUGGUCCUGCUCCAUGAAAUAAGUACACACAGACACAGACACAGACACAGACACAGACACACACACAGACACACACACAGACACACACACAGACACACACACAGACACACACACAGACACACACACACACACACACACACACAGACACACACAGACACACACAGACACACAGACACACAGACACACACAGACACACAGACACACACACACACACACAGUCCACCACGCACCACAGUAAAAGAUGCUCCACAGUAAACAAACAAGCAGCCUCUGCCUUAAGUACCCCGUUAGUGCCUCUGACCCCUACGCCCAGGUCUAGGCCGUGUAUAUGUGCAUACGCAGCUGCCCUCGGGAAGAAGGAGCAGACCCAUUGUUUCGAUCUGGCUGUCUGACCCAUUGUCAAGAGGCACCUAUCAGGAAACAAGUCAAAAAAGCUUUAUAUUUGUAUUAGAUGUUCAAAAUAAGCAAGUGAUGCCUUUGACCACUUAAUGCAAUUUGGACAGAAGGCUCUGAAAAAAAUGAUGGUAAUUUUCAAGCAUUUUUUUCUUUUUAAUUUUCUUUCUUUUUCUUUGGCCUCCCCAACCCCCACCUCACUCCCCUCCACACCCUUCUCUUGUAGUCGUGAGGAAUCUCUAGGCUGCCCCGUAGGCGCUGAUGAGUGCUGCUGCAUCUCCAUAACAGGUCGAUGUGCAGUAAGGCCGCCGAUAUGCUUGCUGCAGGACACGUGUGCAUGGGUUGCAUUCACAUUUUGUGUCAAUUUUGCACACGGGAGAACACCUCACCCAAGGUAUGCAGACCCGUGCGUUCGGUGCAAUAUUGAGAAAUCGUCGAGGGAUGAUCUUCCGAACUUCCAUGUUGAUGUCGCGGUAGUCAAACAAUGCUCGAAAAUAUUUAUCAGAGCCCCGUUGGCCAUCUGUCCCUUAGAUGAUACCUCCAGUAUCAUGCAAAGUGGUUGUCUUGAAGCAAGUAUGUGCACUCGGUCGCACGCUGUUGCAUGCAUAAUAAGGCACACAGCAAGUGUAUCGCCGGUCUCAUGCUGUAUGGAGUCAGGCUGUGCUGUCUUUCCUGUGACAAAACAGACUUUGGCCGUGUUGCAAUAGUUUCUUCAGUACAACAUUGGUAUAUACGCCCUUGCCGCAACCUCCCCUCUCCCCCAUCCCCUGAUCUUGUUUAUCAUAAUGUGAUGAGUUAGUCACCUUAGGAAUGAACGUGUGGCUGGAUGGAACUAAAACAAGGGAUUAACAGUUGAAUUCUUUUUCUUUAUUUCUUUACUUUUGUACAUAUAAAAGUGUGGAUCUUCCCUUCUCGUGUAUUGUGUCGGUCGCAGUACGUGUAAUGCUGCAGGAGAAUUCUGAGGUUAUCAGUCCAAAUCAUAAGGGCAUGUCUAAAUGCACUAACAAACGAGAUGCAGGUUUUAUCGUUGACUUUUUAUUUGUUUUGUUUUUCUAGUGUUCUUCCUUUUUGAACUGAUCAUGUAUCCAUGCUUUGGUGUAUCCUGAUUUUUAUAGGUUCUCCCUCAGCACCACACACACACACACACUUGUGACAUCUUUGUCCUUUUGCCUUUAUUGUGUGUACAUAUUAUGAUUGCUCAAUAAGUAACUACUUGACACAUAUCUCACAAAUGAUUUUAUUUUAGUUUCUUGUCCUACAGUCCCAAUGGUGACCCUUUGCGUUGUGUUGUACUUUACCGCCGGCCCUAUAUGUUGCCGGCGAUCCCUUUUAUAGACGAAUGUUGAUUAUGAAAUGGGAAAGAAAACUCUUAUUCAGUUAUUUUCAUACUAGUAAUUGUCAUUGGCACUUUUUUUCUCUGCUUCCCCUCUCUCCCAACAGCUGUUUUGAUCUCCAUCGUGUGCUAUAUUCAGGACUAUACAAAUCCCUGUCAUCAUAUCUUCUGUAUCUUUUUUUGUGUUGUAAUAAUGACAUGUAGAUAGAUUUUUUUUGUUCUUUCUCUCCUUUUUUGUUCAUAUUUAGUUCUUUUUUGUUUGUGUUUUGAAUUCAGCAAGGCAGGUCUUUACAUUUUCAAAAGGAAUUUUUAAGUGGAAGUCCAUGGGGACUUCACAUCACCGGUUAGAUCAUGCACCUGACCAGCCGUCAUGAUUGGCUACUUAAGCGGUUGACCAGUUGUUGUGAUUGGCUGAUGGUGCAUUCUCUUCUUCUCACCCAAUGAGCUUAUCUCACCAUUCUAAUUAGAUGCAUUGGAGUCAUGAAUUAAUUAAUUUAUUUUUGGGGUUUUUACUGUCACCGCUUUCCCUGAAUGUUUGGAAUUAUGAACAACAUGAUGUACUGAUAGAUGCUCUGAACUCUGUAACAUCUAGAUUUUAGUGGGAACGUAAUGAACAAUGAGGAAAAAAACAAUGUUUUAACAAAAAAAGGUUCUUCUUAAUGUCAAACUUUUCUGGGUUAAAUUUACACUCCCGUUUUUGUUGGACUGGUGAUUUUAGAAAAGAUGUUCAUGUAUUGUACAUAUGUGUACCAUAUAUAAAUAUAUAUUUACUUUUUCAUGCAUGUUGAAGUGGAAUACUAUGAACACUUACCGUGCUGCAGUUUUAAUUAAAGAAAAGCAACUUAAUAGAAUCCCAAAGUGUUUGAACCUCAUGUUUUUCAAGUCUAUUCUGUGUGUUCUGGACUCAUUAGGAUUAUAGGAUGUGUAGCUGAGUGUUGGUGCAUGUGUUACUGUAUGGGAAAAAAUGUGUCAAAACUGCCAAGCAUCAAAAAGCAAUAAAAAGUAGUCAUAUCUGUUGUCUGAA